AUGACCCGCCCGUUCUUCACCCGCGAACGUAUCAGCGACUUUGAAACGUUCGACACGCACGCCGAGGAAGCUCUCCACCUAGCUCGGGGGCGGUUGCGGGAGGGGUAUCCUAUUGAUUUCCAGGACCUGGCAGCGCGGUUCACACUCGACUCUGCAUCGAGCUUUCUCUUCGGCAACGACGUGCGUUCGCUGGAAGCAGGAUUGGCUUACCCACCUUCUGGCACUGCUGCGUCCCAACCCCUCCCUUCCUCUCCCCCUUCUUCUGCUUCCUCCAACAAAAGUCACAACCAAAACCACACCUUCGAAACCCACCCCUCAAACACAUUCGUACACGCCUUCCAAUCUGCUCAACUCCGCUCCGCCUUCCGUACGCGGCUGGGGGAGCAGUGGGCUCUAGCAGAGUUUUGGGGGGAUAAGGUUAGGAAGGAACGGGGUAUUGUGGAUGGGUUUGUGGAGGCGGUGUUGGAGAGGGGUGUUAGGGAGUGGGAGGAGGAGGAGGAGCGUAAGUUGAAUUUGGGGAUUGGGGAGAAGGGUAACAGUGGAAAGGCGGAGGGGGAAGGGGAGAGGGAGAGGGAGGGUAAGGAGGACGUGACGCUUUUGCAGCAUCUUUCAGCUACACUCCUAACAUUCGCCCUCUACGCACUCACCCAACACCCACACGUCGAGUCCAAGCUCCGCAACGAGGUUAUAUCGAAAGUGGGGUACAGUAGGAGACCGGAUUAUGAGGAUAUGAAAGAGUUGAAGUAUCUAAGGGCGUUUGUUAAUGUAAACGAAACGAUCUGGGAAUCCAAAACGCCCGAAGGGGAGGUUAAGAAACAUUAUAUCCCAGCUUCGACGCGGAUUCUGUAUGGGGUGAUGUAUAUGCAGAGGAGGAAGGAUUUGUGGGGGCCUGAUGCCGAAGAAUUCGACCCCGACCGCUUCAUCGACUCCCGUCUCCAAAAGUACCUCAUACCCAACCCGUACAUCUUCUGUCCGUUCAAUGCGGGUCCGAGGAUUUGUCUAGGGCAACAGUUCGCCUACCACGAAACAUCCUUCUUCCUCAUCCGGCUCAUCCAGCAGUUUACGAACUUCCGUUUGGCGGAGGAUGCGAUGACUGAGGACACGAAACCCCCGAAACAUUGGAGGGAAGAUAGAGGGAGGUUUGGGGGGAGGGUGGUUGAGAGGGAGAAGGUGUGGCCUAGUUCGCAUUUGACGUUGUAUGUCAAGGUGAGUUAG